AAGUGCGCCUUUAAUUUGAUAUGGCCAGCAUGAAACUUUAAGUGUGUGGGGUAAACGCUUUUUGGGGUGGCAAUUUACGCAUUAAGUAGCCGCCCCAUUGGAGGUGCUGGAGCAAUUUGCAUAAAUCUAGUCUAGGCGGCAGCUAUAAAAGCCAAGUGUCGAAAAGUGUUGUGAAUAAAAUGUUACCCGCAGUUGUUGUCGACUCGACGCGUGCCUUUGCCUAUCAAUGGAUUAUUUGGCGCAUCUUUGGCCUGCAUCCACCCGAGGGAAAUACGUUUUGGGCCCAACACUAUCAGGCCUAUGGCAUUAUCAUCAAUUUAAUUGCGAACGUGCAUGUGCCAAUGUCCUUCUACAUCGAGUGCCUGUUGAGCAGCAAUCUAACCGAAUUCUGUGAGACUUUCUAUUUGACUUCUGUGGUUCUCGUUGAACAAGUCAAGUAUUUCAAUGUGUGGCGCAUACGCGGCCAGUUGAAGCGAUUCCAUCAGAUACUCCAUCACCUGGAUGGCCGGUUGCAGCAUCAAAGCGAGCGCGACAUUGUCGAGCAGCAUAUUGAACUGGUGACACGUAUUUUUCUGGGUCUCUUUCGUUGGUUUGUCAUCAUUCUCACCUCGUCCAUGCUGUUUGUGGCCUGCACAGCGGAGCAGGAGUUGGCGUUUCCCACUUGGUAUCCAUGGAAUUGGCAGCGUUCGAAUCGUGUGUAUUUGUUCACCGUCAUCUGGCAAACGUUGAGCCUCUAUUCGUUGGCUCUGAUGACGCUCAGCAAUGACACCUAUCCCAUGUCCUAUAUGACUAUGGUGGCAGGACACUAUCGAGCUUUGGCUCAACGCGUUUCGAUGAUCGGACAUGGUCGAGAGUCGCAGUCGCUGGCCUAUGAACAACUCAUUGAUUGCAUUCGGGAUCAUCAGAUUAUUUUAUUGCAAAGAUUGGUUUCCAUCAUACAGGAUACAAUGUCGUCGGUGUUCUUCUAUCAAUUUGCCUGCACAGCUUGUUCGAUUUGCACCUUUGCCUUUUACAUUUUCUUCGUUAAAGUUAGCUUUUCGAAGUUGCUCCAUUUGUUUUUCAUGUUCGUGGCCAUUGUCUUUGAGACAUUCAUCAUCUGCUAUGCCACCGAAGAUAUCGGUCUUGGUGCUGAGCAACUUUAUCAUGCCAUCUACGCUUGCAAUUGGUUGGAUCAGUCCAUCGAGUUUCGGCGCACUUUGCUCUUGAUGCUCAAUCGUGCACAGCGUUCGGUUACCAUUGUGGCUGCCCAUUCGAUGCCUGUGCGUAUGACAACAUUUUUGGCGGUUAUCAAAACGGCUUAUUCAAUGUUCACGCUGCUAAACAAAAUAAAAUCGUAAAAUCGUGAACGCGUCUCAGUUGAAUUACACGAAAGUGAAGUGCGAACAUCAUCAUGCCUGCAAUCAAAUUGAAAAUGCUUGUUAAAGUCGACAACAUUCUCACUCACGCACAACACAGCAGCUUUUCAUUAUUUAAAACAUGAAGCACGCAGAGCAAAAAUAUAUAAAAAGAAACGCUCGACGGAGCGAAUGGUCACCAAUAUGGCCACUGACUGGCAGCAACGUUCCGUAGCCGUGAAUAUGGCGUCGAGUGGUUUGGUUUGGUUUGGCUUGGUUUGAGUGAAGUGGAGUCCAGUGCAGUGCAGUGCAGUGCAGUGAGUGCGUCGUGCGUGCCGCCCGCCAUUUUUAUUUCAGCUGCAACCGGAAAUGCGCAUUUUAUGCAAGUGUCACCCACUGGCGUUCAACGGAAGUUGUUUAUCUUAUGCCUCUUAGUCCUUUCGUCGCCCCUUUGCCAGCCUUUUGAAUACCCUUUUGCAGCUGGCAUUCAAAACUUUGGCACGUUUCAUGCGGUGCGGCAUUAAAGUGCUCACUUCCGGUUGUUCAAGGCAUAGCAAAUGCAAAUUUAAUAAUCAGCUUAACAUA